AUGAACUCCUGCUCACAGAAGAUUCCUCCAUCUCCAAGACCUUACACGCCGCAGAUAACUCCUGGAGAAGUUUGUUUCAGGGUAGUCGAACCGAAUUGUUUUGACACAUCCGCACGUCUGCGAGACAUGGAUACAGCCAAAGUGAAUGUGCAAUGCCUUAGUACCGUACCCGUCAUGUUCAGUUACUGGGGAAAGCCUGAAGACACCGAAGAAGUUAGCCGUUUCGUCAAUGACGACCUCUUGGCACAAUGUCAGGUGGCACCGGACAGACUUGUACCACUCGGCACUUUGCCAAUGAAUGAUGUACGACGGGCUGUAGAGGUACGAUUUUGCCCUUGA